GACUCCUAAAAUACCUUCAGCCUCCUUAUCUGCCCCCAAUCACCCCUACUCCCAGCACACACACUGGCCCUCGCCUGUAGCCCUAUCCUUCUGCCUCCCGCCCCCCAGGGACCCUGAGUAUGGCAGAGAGUGAAGCAGAGACCCCCAGCACCCCGGGGGAGUUUGAGAGCAAAUACUUUGAGUUUAAUGGUCUCAGACUGCCCCCCUUCUGCAGGGGCAAAAUGGAGGAGAUCUCUAAUUUCUCAGUCAGGAACAGUGAUGUCUGGAUUGUCACCUACCCCAAAUCAGGCACGAGUUUGCUGCAGGAGGUGGUGUAUCUAGUCAGCCAGGGAGCAGACCCAGACGAGAUUGGUCUCAUGAACAUUGACGAGCAGCUCCCGGUACUAGAAUAUCCACAGCCCGGUCUCGAUAUUAUUAAGGAGCUGACCUCUCCCCGACUUAUAAAGAGUCACCUCCCGUACCGAUUCCUGCCGUCGGAUUUACACAACGGGAAGUCCAAGGUGAUAUAUAUGGCCCGGAACCCCAAAGAUUUAGUUGUUUCUUACUAUCAGUUCCAUCGCUCCUUGAGGACUAUGAGUUACAGAGGAACUUUCCAGGAGUUCUGCCGGAGGUUCAUGAACGACAAGCUAGGCUACGGUUCGUGGUUUGAACACGUGCUGGAGUUCUGGGACCAUCACAUGGACUCCAACGUCCUUUUCCUGAAGUAUGAAGAUAUGCAUAAGGAUCUGGGGACGAUGGUGGAGCAGCUGGUGAGGUUUCUGGGGGUCUCCUAUGACAAAGCACAGCUGGAGUCCACGGUGGAGCACUGCCACCAGCUCAUUGACCAGUGCUGCAACGCCGAGGCGCUACCGGUGGGCCGGGGCCGGGUGGGACUGUGGAAGGAUAUAUUCACCGUGUCGAUGAACGACAAAUUCGACCUGAUUUACAAGCAGCGGAUGGGGAAAUGCGAUCUGACGUUCGACUUCAGCUUAUAAAAAGACAAUGCAUGCGCGACAGCCGUGUACUACGUAGAGAAGCUUCCGGCCUCAUACCCGCCGCGUGAUAUCCUGUAAUCACCCCGCGUAAUAUUCUCACCGAACCCCAGACCGCUGCUCGCCUCUCUCUGUAUUCACCUUAUUUAAUGGCAGUUAACUCCUGCAGUGCCGGAGCACUUAAUGCACCCCGCCGCUCCAUCACAAAAAGGGUUAAAACUUUUUGGGGGAAAUAGCUGUUGGAGCGUAAGAAUUCUGCUGUAUGUGGUACGUGUGACGCGGUCUCUUCCGGGGUAACGUUCUGUGUAUUUUUUAGCGCUUAUUACUGGAGGCGGAAUGAAUGUUUGGCGAGCGCCGGGCGCUGCGUUCGGGGGGCAGGAGGCCGGCCCGCGCCGGGCACUAUGUGUGUGUGAAUCUCAGGGCUUUGUCGUAACGUCGGCCGUAUGGUUUGUGUUAUAAAUGAAUAUAAAUAAAAUCUUCUAUACG